CUUCACUGCAACACUGUUUGUGUCGAGUGGGAAAAGUUUGUUUCGCUGGUUGACAUUUUUCUUUUUGGGAAUUUUGUUCGAAAACUGUAAAAUUCUGGUUAUUCGAGUGAAAAUUGUUUAAACAAAUGCGAUACAAGAGGAAAAUAAAAACGUGUAAACCCACAACAAUAGUUUGAACUUGCACAAAGGUUGUUGAAAAAAGUAAGUGAAAUAUUACAAACAAAUCGACGCCAUCGCAGAGCUAGGCGCAGUGGCGGAAAAUUGAAGGAAAACUAAAAAAGUACACAUACAUUUUCCAAUUGCCCAUUUCCAAAGACGGACAGACGAAAAGUGACGCUUUUAACACGGCGCAGGUUCGCUUUGUAUUAAAAACGAGUGAGUGAGUGGUUGAGGGUGCAGCAAGCUGUCUGCGUGUGCGACCAAGGUGAAGGGAGCACGUAAAUCAUAGAAAAAUUGUAACUAGCCGUGUUGCACAAGACGAAUCAACAAAUAAAACACAGGAGCAAAACAAAGCAAGUGGAAAGUAAGAGCAUUGACAGCAUCAUCAGCCACUAAUAUUACAGCAAUAGCAGCCAGCAAAAAUCGAAAGUCAUAGCCAUGAGCUCGAUAUCAAAUGUGGAAAAUUUGUCGCCACAAACCAUUCGUCAAGUAAUGAAGGAAAUGCAGCAGAUCAGUGAAACACCAUUGGAAGGCAUAAAAAUACAAAUAAAUGACGCUGAUGUAACUGACAUUCAAGCACUUAUCGAGGGUCCAGCUGGCACGCCAUAUGCUGGUGGAGUUUUUCGUGUCAAGCUAACACUCGGAAAAGAUUUUCCGCAAUCACCGCCCAAAGCCUUUUUCCUAACAAAAAUCUUCCACCCAAAUGUGGCGGCCAAUGGUGAAAUUUGCGUUAACACAUUAAAGAAGGAUUGGAAACCAGAUCUCGGUAUUAAACAUAUAUUGCUAACCAUUAAAUGCCUUCUUAUUGUACCCAAUGCGGAAUCUGCGCUAAACGAAGAAGCUGGCAAAUUGCUACUUGAACGUUAUGAUGAUUAUUCUCAGCGCGCAAAAAUGAUGACAGAGAUUCAUGCUCAGCCCGCUAAGGGUGCGGCUAGUGGUGAUGUGAAAGAUGAUGAUGGUCCCUCGUCUAAAAAACAUGCCGUUGACAAAAAACUUCAAGAUAAGAAAAAAGAGAAACUAAUUAAGGAGAAGAAGCGCAUGUUGAAGCGGUUAUGAGGCGGUGGAUGCAAACGGAAUGAGCCUAUCCUGCAGGCUGUAACACUUCAAGUCACCUUCGCGUUCAAUUCUUAAAGAAAAUUAAAAUACAUAAAUGCAAACUAAGCCAAAACAUCAAAAAAUCAAGUGGCAAGUGCAAAAGCAGCAGCAGUUAUAAUUAUCAGUAAAAACAAAUAUUAAAUUAACUAUAACCCAGAAAAGUAUUGAAAAGAGGUGUAUAUGAAAAGACGGGCAGCAGCACUCUCAAUAAAUACCCAUCAAUAACCAUAACAAGAAACUCCCUCCACACAUAAUAUAAAGCAAUCUCUGAAAAACCACGGUCUUUAUUGGAAAAUCUCGCAAAAUGCUAAUGUACAAUGCUUCAAUUUAUAACUUCAGCUUUAAAUGCAAAUGCAUUUUAUUUUAUAUUCUUCUCUAGCACAUCAUACGUUAAAUGGAUUAAUUAUAAGGCAAUUGGCGUUUUAUUACUUGAAUUUACUUAAAUUUGGAUUCGAUACCUUUGACAUCACAAGGAAUUUUCCUUACUUAAGUCAUCUUCGAUGUCUUUACUUUUUCUCUGAGUUUCUCCUUUACCAAAUUAGUCAAAAUAGUGUAAUUGUUUUAAAAAAGCAAAUUAAAAACGUAAUACUAAGUUUUAUUUUAGCAUUAAUUUACGUAAUAUUUGUAUUGUUCUUAAUUGCCUACCUAUAAACUCAAAAGAGAAACUAAACCAAAACUAACUUAAUGCUUAUGCGCACUAUGAUACAUGCACACACCUCUAUGAAGAAAAAAAAAAAAA